UACUGAGACAGACAGAUACGUGAUAAGUUUUAAGUUAUAAGGAAUCCGAGUGAAAAAUAUCGCAGAUUUUCCUUGAAAUAAUUCGCUCUACAUUGGCGAAAAAUGGAACGAAGAGUUGACUAUGGCGUGUGCGUCGAGUGCGAGAACUUUCUUAUGAGUCGCCCUUUGAAAUCAUGUUUUGGGAAUCGUCAUCUAGCACAUCCUUCCGUAAAUAAGACAAUAAAGUUACAGGUUUGCUACAACCAGCGUGGGACUUAGGAGCGCGGGCGCGGGUCCGGCGCGCGGGCAUUGCGGCGCCGGCCUCCGUCCCCGCGACCAUCUGCCGCCAUGGUCUGCGACGACGGCUUGCACACCUCAUCGCCCCACGCCCGCCGCAAAUCGCUACGCCGGCUCGCAUCCACGCGCGGUUUCAAACCGAGAAACCCAAACGAAUACGGAUGGAUACGCGUUUUUGACGGCCUCCAACCCUUCGCUGUUGACGCUCCAAGCAAACUCGUCAAGGUCUCCCUCAACACCACCGUCGAAGAAGUCAAUAAGAAACUGGGACUUGGAGAAGAACUGACCCUGUGGCUCCAGAUCGGUGGAGAAAAAUCAAGACGAUUGGAACAAGAUGAAUAUCCCCUAAGGAUUCAGGAGCAUUUCUUAGUGACUUUCGGCUGGAGCUCCGAAGCUAGAAGACAGAGAUUAGCAGUCGAUCCUGAGCUUCGGCAUUCUCUGCAAUGGUGUGCCGGCCCGGCCGAUCGCUCCGGUGGUGUCUUGAGAUCUGGGACCAUUCACAUUUUGAAAGGACACGUGUUUCCGCAAUGGAAACCAAGGCCAGCCCAUGUAAUCGGUUCUCGAUUACAUUCUUAUGGCUCUUCAUGGGAGAUGUUGGAGUUAAGCGGUGGAAGUAUCGAGCUUUGCCCUCCGAAAGCUCAAAAACUUGUGCUGUGCGUGAAACCCCGUUGCCUAGGCAACAACACGCUUGGAGAUGCUGCUCUGAAUCACAUAUUCCUUGGAUUCAACGCUGCUUGGGAAAGAAACAUGUGGUUCUGCUGGUUGAAGGAGGCAACCCAAAGCUCACAACCACCAAAUGUACUGGACCUCAGCGGCGGUGGUGGCCGGGCCACUCUCGGCGCUGCGCUGGCGCAACACGCAGCGGGAGACUUCUCCAUCAGGGUGCUAUCGAUGCGUACCAACGCGCUUUCCUCACUCCCGCCUCAGCUGUGGUCUAUGCACGCACUGACGCAUCUGGACAUCAGUGACAAUCGCAUCACUGAUCUGCCUGAAGAGAUAUGCCAGCUGACGCAGCUGGAGGAACUACGACUGAGUGACAACGAGCUUCGGUCACUCGAUUGCGUGUUGAGGCUUCCCCGCCUCAGAACCCUUGUUGCUGCAAAUAAUUUAAUCAGUAGUUUUGCAUUGAGUAACUCACAAAUGGCGCCGGACGAAGAACAGAAGACGGAAUAUCGGGCACCACUCACAAGCGUUGAUCUUAGGCACAACAGGCUCAAGGGAAGCAUCAUUCUAGGAAACUACGAACAUCUAGUAUCACUGGAUGUAUCCCACAAUGCAGUGGAAGUGCUGGUGGUAUCAGCUCUGCGAGGGCUCCGAGAGCUUUACGCUGCGAACAACGUGCUACAGCAUCUGUCUCUGCAUGGAGCUUGUCUUAGGACCCUGAAGGCUCCACACAAUCAACUCGAGAGCCUCACAACGACGGUACCGCCUAUUAAUUUAGUUGAAAUCGACGUGUCGCACAACAAACUUACAGCGUUACCACAAUGGCUGAGUGGCUGCUCAGAUCUCACGUCGCUUCUUGCCAGCAAUAAUCAACUCACCGCUCUACCUGACCACUUAUUCUGCAGUGAACUAUCAAGCCUGUCAAAGUUACACCUAGCUCAUAACAAAAUUUCAAAAAUACCCUCAAUGCCAAGGUUAAGAGCCCCAUUAAAAGAACUUCUACUUCACGAUAAUUGUAUACAAUCUCUACCAGAAAACUUCUUCUCAGUCUGUGACAGAUUAUCCAUACUCAACCUAUCAAACAAUAGAUUAAGCCGUUUACCAGUUGCGAGAGGCGCAUCAUCGUAUUCCUUAGAACGCCUUUAUUUAACAGCCAAUUGUUUAACCGAUGACGUAGCUGAAGUCAUCACAGCUUUUCGUGGUCUCAAGAUCUUACACAUUGCAUAUAACUGCCUCACCAUAUUACCAGAUAGUUGCAUAAACUUUUGGCCAGAUAUUGAAGAACUUGUUUUAUCUGGAAACUCGUUUUCUCGACUCCCUGAAAGUCUGCCGCAGUUAAACCACAUACGAGUUGUACGAGCACACUCAAAUAGAUUACGCUCAGUGCCAAUGUUUGCUUGCAGCGCUUCUGUAAAAAUAUUAGAUUUCGCUCACAACGAACUCGACAGUAUAGAUUUAAGACUGCUAGCCCCAAAACAGUUGAAGUUCUUAGAUAUUUCGUGUAACAAAAAGUUACAAGUAGACCCCACUCAAUUUAAUGCAUACAGGUGUCAACGGCCACUUAGUUUAGUAGAUGUGACUGGAAAGAAUUCUCUGCCGUGGACACAGAAAAGCGGCUACCAUGAAGAAAUGACUGGGGGAACUCCGUGGGCGACGGGAUUCUCAGAGUGCCCCAACAAAUCACUCCAGCUUUGUUGUGCACAAAUCAGGCUACCGUCAUUCUGCAACAAAGAGGGCUUUUUUGCUCUCAUCGAUGGUGAAACUGAUAUGGAAGUACCAAAGAUAUUGCAAUCAAGUUUACCGGGCUUACUUCUAGAAGAAAAGUCCAUCAAAGAGACUGUUAAUGAAUAUAUGAAAUACGUUGUACUCUCAGCUCAUAGAGAAUUGAAGGAAAAAGGCCAGAGGAAAGGUGCUUGUCUUAUUAUGUGCCACUUGUCUCCUAUGAACCCACCAGAAAAUGGUUUUGGCCAUGUCGCCAGACGGUACACCUUAAGGCUGGCAAACGUAGGCGAUACAAAAGCUGUAUUGAGUAGACGGAAUGGGCCUUUGAGUUUGGGAAUCGAAAAUAAUAAACGUCUUGGAUAUUCCACGCGGUAUCCUAGCACGGUGCCAGAUCCAGAUGUCGUCCAGACAGUUAUAAAAGAAGAUGACGAAUUCCUUAUAAUGGGCAAUGGUAGAUUCUGGAACGCAGUGAGUAUAGACGCAGCUGUGUCUGAAGUCAGAGCUGAACGAAACCCUGUUCUUGCAGCGAAGAGAUUACAAGAUCUAGCGCAAAGCUAUGGCGUCGAAGAUUGCAUAUCAGUGAUGAUUGUCCGCUUUGAUACCAACAGGUCGGAUGUUGACUUGCUAAUGCGCGAGUUGAGGCAGACAAUAACUAAUGGCAAUAAAUCUGUAUGCAGGCCAGACUGCUGCUGUUCCCGGCUAGACGCGUGUUGUCACUCGGCUUCUCCUCCAAAACCUAGCAGUGACCGUUCUUCUCCUAGUGGACAGAGCGAUCGCCCGCCAAGUGAAGCGAUCAGCCAUCAACACUAUGCCAGCGUUCGUUCGCAAAACAGACCAUCAGAACGAAGGAGCUGUCGAGGAGGAGUGGCCAGAGCAAUACGAGUGCGUGUUGAAGAAGAUAAAGAAGAUGAUACUAGGUUAGAAGAACACCCCAACUCAGAAGAACAGUUUAAAUGCUGGGAGUACAUGUUAGAGCAAAAUACACAAAUGCUCUUUGAUAAAGAACUUGACAAUUUGUCGAAAGGUAUCAAGUCUAAUGUAAGCAGUUUGAGGAAUUUAAAGGGCUUAUCGGGAAGCAGUCCUCAGCUACAUUUGACAGGAAAGCAAUCUAAAGGUGUACCGUUUUUGUCCAAACACUUUGGUAGCGCGAGGUCUUUUGGAACGACACUAAAACCAGAUUUCAGAUUUGGAUCUGGCAGGUUACCCAAUGGAGGACCAAACGCUGCGUACUUUGGUUCCUUACAAAGGCUUAUGCCAUAUCAUUUGGAGUACGACUUCGCUGUAAUACAAGAAAAAAGUACACAUUCUGAGGACUCACUAGACCUUGAAGGCCGCAUGCAACAGUACUGGGGAGUUGCCACAACGGAACUGUAAAUAGUAAGUUAGUUUUUAUGAAUUCUGUAAAUAAAACUUCCACUAAAUUAGCAUAGUAAGUAUGUAUAAUUAUUAUUUAUAUACCAUUCAUCUGUCGACUAGAUCUUUUGCACAAAGUAUUUUAUCACUAUGAUGGACUUGGAAAUAAAUUAGUAUGUUACUAUAUUUUUAUCACAUAAUAAAAUUCUAUGUACAGUUAUCGUGAUAAAUCUUUGUCGAAUUAAUACAUUUUAAAUGACAGUAAAAUUCAGCAAGUAAAACACUUUGGUUUUAUUUCUAGAGUUAUUUUAUACAUUACGUAAGAGGUCUCUUACAUUCAUGAUGCUUAUACUAUAAUUUAUUUACAAAAUGUGUACCUUGAUUACUUUAAGGCGUUUAAAACAUAACUAUUUGUGCUUAAAACCACGCAUAUACACAUAUUAUUUUAUUUACAGGAAGUGAAUAAUCAAUCUAAGGUGGGAAGAAACUGUACACACUGCUCAUGAUUAUUCUCAAAAAAUUAAAACGCUCAUUACAUUGCACUAAAACAGAAAGUGUUAAUUACCUUGAGAAGUUAUGAAAUAUCUUUGAUGACACUAAAGAUUAAAUUAGAUGAACACAGUAGCACACAAAAAACAUAGACAAACGAAGUUACACUUCUAUCUACAUGUUUGGGUAAUUACAUAAUUUACUCAUGUCAGAUUUUCAGGUUUUACAGAAUAUACCGGCUGAAUUGACUUGAAAUCUA